ACCAUUCUUCAUGAACCUCGCUCACCGGCAUCAACGCCGGCCGCCGCCGCCGCCGCAGAAGAAGAAGACGGCGAUCAAGUUAAAUUAACUGUCUUUAUAAAGAAAUAGUUUUUUCUUUAACAAUGGCGACCAGUAAUACAACAUCUUCACAGACACCGACCGAACCGUCGGCUGACGAGGUUGCGGCGAAGGCGGUGCAUAAAAGGUUUGAAGGUUUGGUUUUGGUGCGAACAAAAGCGAUUAAAGGUAAAGGUGCUUGGUAUUGGAACCAUCUUGAACCGAUGCUUGUUAAUAAUUCAGACACUGGUCUAGCUAAAGCUGUUAAAUUAAGAUGUUCUUUAUGUGACGCUGUGUUCUCCGCCUCCAAUCCGUCAAGAACAGCAUCAGAGCAUCUAAAAAGAGGAACAUGUCCCAAUUUCAAUUCACCAGUUAACCCAAAACCCAUUUCCUCUGUUUCAAUCCCGACAGCCACUACCUUACCCAGUCUUGCUUCUCCUUCUUCCUCCUCUCAAAACAGCCGUAAACGCCCUUCAUCCGGCGGCGCCGGUCGUGCCCCUGCUACUUCUUCUUCAUAUCAGGUCCUGCCUCUAGCAAUUGUUGACCCGUCAAGAUUCUCCGUCGAACUCGCCUACCCGCCGGCAGUUACGGUAGCUGCCAGUUCCAGUGCCGCAGUCGUCAGCGCCACUUCCGGCGGGCAAAAUCAUCAGCAUUUGAUGUUAUCGGGUGGAAAAGAAGAUUUAGGGGCUUUAGCAAUGUUGGAAGAUAGUGUGAAGAAACUUAAAUCCCCAAAAGCUUCGCCCGGUCCUGCCCUGAGUAAAGCCCAGGUCGAUACAUCUCUUGAAUUUCUAACGGAUUGGGUUUACGAAUGCUGCGGCUCUGUUUCAUUUUCCGCCAUAGAACACCCAAAGUUCAAGGCUUUCCUAAACCAGGUCGGUUUGCCAGCGUUAUCAAAACGAGACAUCGCCGGAGCUAGACUGGAUUCCAAGUACGAGGAAGCGAAAGCAGAGUCCGAAGCCAAGAUUCGCGACGCUAUGUUCUUUCAAAUUUCAUCAGACGGGUGGAAAUCCAAGAACUUUGGAGAAGAAAACUUGGUGAAUGUAGCAGUAAAUCUACCAAACGGAACCAGCGUAUUCCGUCGGGCUGUUUUCACAAGUGGUUUUGUUCCUUCAAAAUACGCAGAGGAAGUACUAUGGGACACGAUCAGAGGAAUCUGUGGUAAUUCUGUUCAACUCUGUGUCGGCAUUGUUGCUGACAGAUUCAAGACCAAAGCUUUAAAGAACUUAGAGAGUCAACAUCAUUGGUUGGUUAAUCUCUCAUGUCAAUUUCAAGCAUUCAUAAGCUUAAUUAAAGAUUUUAGUAAGGAGCUUCCAUUAUUGAAAAACGUGAUCAACAAUUGUUUAAAGCUAGCGAAUUUCAUUAACAACAAGACUCAAAUCCGGCAUACAUUUCACAAGUAUCAGUUGCAGGAAUACGGUCAAGCCGGGCUGUUGAGAAUUCCAUCGAAACAUAACGAAAGAUCCAAUUUCGGUCCAUCCCAAAUGCUGGUCGAGGAUAUUUUGAGCUCCGCCAGGGCGUUGCAGCUGGUUUUGAUGGAUGAAUCGUUUAAGAUUGUGUCGAUUGAGGAUCAAACUGCUAGGGAAAUCGAAGAUAUGAUGAGGGAUCCUCGUUUUUGGAACGAAUUGGAAGCUGUUCAUUCGCUAGUGAAGUUAAUAAAGGCAAUGGCUCACGAAAUAGAAACUGAGAAACCAUUAGUCGGCCAAUGUCUUCCUCUUUGGGAUGAAAUGAGAAGGAAAGUUAAGGAUUGGUGUUCGAAAUUCCACAUUUCUGAUGAAGCACAAAUGGAGAAGAUAAUGGAGAGACGGUUCAAGAAGAAUUAUCACCCUGCUUGGGCUGCUGCUUUCAUAUUGGAUCCUCUGUAUUUGAUUAGAGACACUAGUGGGAAAUAUUUGCCUCCUUUUAAAUGCUUAACAUCCGAUCAAGAAAAAGACGUUGAUAAGAUUGUAACAAGGCUUGUUUCGAGAGAGGAAGCUCAUAUCGUGUUAAUGGAGCUUAUGAAAUGGAGGACUGAAGGUCUUGAUCCUGUCUACGCUCAGGCGGUUCAAAUGAAACAGAGGGAUGAAAUAACGGGUAAGAUGAAGAUUGCGAAUCCUCAAAGUAGUAGGCUUGUUUGGGAGACUCAUUUGACUCAGUUUAAGUCUUUGGGGAAAGUUGCGGUUAGGCUUAUAUUCUUGCACGCCACUUCUUGCGGUGGCGGAGGAGGAGGGUUUAAGUGUAAUUUGUCUUUUCUGAGAUGUGUGGGCGGGGUAGGAAAUGGUGGGCAUUCGAGGGCGGCCAUGGAUAGGGCUCAAAAGAUGAUAUUCAUUGCUGCUCAUUCGAAGAUCGAUAGACGACAGCAUUUUUCGAUCGAAGAAGAUAAGGAAUUCGAGGUGGUUAAUGGUGAUGAUGACGAUGUUUUACAAGAUCAUGAGGUUUUUUGUUGAUUUUUUGGGGUUUUAUGUAAGUUGCAAGAGUUGUAGUAGUAGUUAGUAACUAGUAAGUUAGUAAGUUGUUCUUAUUUAAUUAGGAUAUGGUCUGAUUUGUAGGUUUACAAUUUUCAAUUUUGAUUAUUAUUAUUAUUAUUAUUAUUCU